AUGACGGGGACUACGUGCAAAGAGCGCAAUGCUGCUGCUGUGCAGCGCCUCUUCUUGAGGGGUCAAACCUCAUCGCGGCCGCAGUUCAUGACGCCCAACGCCCGCCUCUACGACGGCACACUACCGCCGGAGAUGCACUUAAGCAACCAGUGGCAACUCGCCCAUGAAGUGAACGGCACUGCAGUCCAGCAGUUCAACAGUGGAACGAUUACCCCAAGCAGUCGUCAUAUUGACUACGGUGAUCCAUCCUCGUCGUGUUACUCAAUGAGGCGAAUGAUAGCCCGCCAUGCGUGGGAGUCGCACGAGGGGGCGAAGGAGAAACUGCAGGGAUUGGGUCCUAAUAACAGUAGUAGUAAUACACAAUUAAAGAAGAGGGAACGAAAAGCCGCAAUAGCUCGUGAAGAGGCAAUUAUUCGCUAUGAAUUAUCUAUCCCACGUCGACGUGUAGUGGGUCAUCUAUCGCAACUCACAGAAGCACAAGGAGAUCUCGUGAGAAAUAUACCGACAACUCAGGCAGCUGAUAAGCUCGUGGCCCGUUAUGGUGGACGUUGGGUAUUACAGAAUCCUCACAGACAACAGUUGCUGCAUGGGGAACCAGUCAUGACACGAAUCAUGCACGGUGAGUUUUACUGUCCUCAGCAGAAGAAGGUAAAAACUCCAAAUUUUUGUCAAGCUAAUAAGCGACAUGUUCGUAUAGCGAGUGAUAUUAAUUAUAUUCUACACCAGAGAGAGAUAAAUUAG